AUGGUCGGAUGUGAAGAACAUUAUACUCCAUUAGAGAAGACAUGUUGGGCACUUGUCUGGGCUUCUAAGAAAUUAAGACAUAUGCUGGCCUACCCAGUAAGGCUGAUUUCUCGAAUGGAUCCUCUCAAGUAUUUAUUCGAGAAACCGGCUCUUAUGGGAAGGAUGGCACAAUGGCUGCUGAUGUUAGCAGAAUUUGAAUUAAAAUAUGUCACCAGGAAGUCUGUAAAAGGAAGAGUUGUUGCUAAAUUCUUGGCCGACUGCCCAGUUGAAGGAGGCGAAGACGCUGAGUUUAAGUUUCCUGACGAAGACGUAAUGACUCUAGUUGAAGAUGUUUGGAAGUUGUAUUUCGACAGGGCUGCAAAUCAGAAAGGGUUUGGAAUUGGUGUGUUGCUAAUAGCACCCAACGGAUCUCACAUUCCACUUGCAUUCAAGCUAAACUUUGAAGUCACCAACAACCAAGCAGAAUACAAGGCUUGCAUUGUAGGUAUGGAAGCAACAAUCAAAAUUCGCAUAGAGAAAUUGGAGGUGGUGGGAGAUUCCAACUUGGUAGUAUCACAGGCUAACGGUGACCGGAGAGUCAAAGAGGAAAAGCUAAAGCCAUACCAUCAGGAUCUUGAGGAUCUCAUCCCCCAUUUCAACAAGGUAACUUUUACUCAUAUACCAAGGCUCAAGAAUCAAUUUGCGGAUGCUUUGGCCACGCUGGCAUCCAUGGUUGAAAUUCUCAUUGGUGUGAAACUAAGGCCAAUCAUGAUCGAACAAAGGGAUACACCAGUAUACCGGCAUGUCAUGACCAUUGAUGAACCCAAUGACGGUUACCCUUGGUAUUCUGACAUUUGA